AUGCUCAAGCAACUCGCCGAGGAGCAAUCUCGAUUCACCGCCCAAGUGAAAUACAUUUCAAUUCCUGUCACUAAGCAGACGCUCGAGUAUGCCUAUCGUCAGUACGUCGCUGAGCUCCUGGCUGGCAAAAGCAAGGGUGCGACGAGUGCCGCCAAAUUUGCUCCGUCAUCAUCGGGCACUGCCCCGAAGGCUGCUCCAGUGAUAAAACACCGGCCUGACAAGCCUUCUCAACCAUCAUCCUCUGGUCGGACUUUCUCGAAUUCCGCCCAAAUCACACCUGACACUACUUUGCCCAAGAUUGCUGACUUGACUGUGGGCCCAACCGCAUCUUCUGAGCCACAGGAAGUCCCAAAAUCAUGUGGAAAUCAGGCCAUGGACACUGGCAACCCAAAGCCGGCUCUUAAUAACCAAGGACAGACCAUGCAUGAUUCUGCGCAUACAGGUUUCGGAACAACUCCACAGGACAACAUUGGGGUGCAUCCUAGUUAG